CGUGGACUCUGACCCGCGGGAAUAAGGUCGAUUGAAUUGGUGUCCAGCAUGAGUGACUGGGUUCCAGGCAAUGCCGUUGGGACGCUGCACAAGUCGUCCAGCUGAAGGAGAAGUCCCAUUGAACUGACUCUUCUCACGAACCUUUUAAAGAUGAAUGAACAAACAUUGGAAACAACACAGCAGCGGAAACUUCCUGAAUGGAUGUCUACGCAGAAGACAUAUUCUGUAGAAGAAAGAAAGGCAUCUAUUCAGAAGAGUGUUUUGGAAGAUGAUCUCCCCUUCUUAGAAUUCAGUGGAUCCAUUGUGUACAGUUAUGAAGCUAAUGAUUGUUCUUUCCUAUCAGAAGAUAUUAGCAUGAGUGUGUCUGAUGGAGAUGUGGUAGGAUUUGACAUGGAAUGGCCACCAAUAUACAGUAAAGGGAAACUGAGCAGAGUUGCACUAAUUCAGCUGUGUGUGUCAGAGAGCAAAUGUUACUUGUUUCAUAUUUCUUCUAUGUCAGUUUUCCCUCAGGGAUUAAAAAUGUUGCUUGAAAAUGAAGCAAUUAGAAAGGCAGGUGUAGGAAUUGAAGGAGAUCAGUGGAAACUUCUACGUGACUUUGACAUCAAAUUGAAGAGUUUUGUGGAGCUGACAGAUGUUGCCAAUGAAAAGUUGAAAUGUACAGAGACCUGGAGCCUCAGUGGUUUGGUUAAACACCUCUUUGGUAAACAGCUUCUGAAAGACAAGUCUAUCCGCUGCAGCAACUGGAGUAAGUUUCCCCUCACUGAGGACCAGAAACUAUAUGCAGCCACUGAUGCUUAUGCUGGUUUCAUCAUUUAUCAAAAAUUAGAAAAUUCGGGAGACGCUGUACAGAUAUUUGCUAUACAUGAAGAGGAAGAAGUACUACCUAGUGACGUGAAGAAACAAUUGACUUCAGUCUCUGAGGAGAUGAUAGAUCUGGCUAAGCAUCUUCCUGAUACUUUCGAAAAACUGGAAGAUCCACAGAGGGUUUCUGUACUAUUGAAGGAUAUUUCAGAAAAUCUGUAUUCAUUGAGGAAGAUGAUACUUGGUUCUACUGAGAAUGAACUGAGGCCCAGCAGUAAUUUUCACUUAUUACCGUUGGAAGAGCCCACUGCUGGUGAAGUACAACAGAAACGAAUUAGAGAACAUAAAAUUUUUACUGAAGUUACAGAUGAAGCAUGGGACACAACACCUGAUAAUUUAAUUAAACAUGAUGGAGAAAAUGUACUUGCAAACGAAGUAAAACAAGAAGAAGAUGGAUUUGAAGAUGAACUAGAAGAUAAUAAGUUGGAAGAGACUCCAGAAAGAGUUUGUAUCAUGUCAUUAGAUAUUACAGAAGAUGAACUCCAACGUUUGGAACAACAGGAUCAGGAAAAACAUCUUGGUGAUGUGACUUGCAAAUCUCCUGAGGAUAACGAAGAGGAUAUAUCUUAUGUAAUUGAGAGUGAUGAAGAUUUAGAAAUGGAGAUGCUUAAGUCUUUAGAAAACCUAAAUAGUAGCACAGUAGAUCCAAAUCAUUCAAAAUGCAUAGAAAUGGAAAGAAAUCUGGGUCUUCCUUCUGAAGAAGAUGAUGAAGAUGAGAAUGAAGCCAUUGAAGAGGAAGAAGUUGUUGAUGAAGACUGUUGGUUACCAGGACCUACUGCAAAGCAAAUUAAUUGCCUCAAGACCUACUUUGGCCAUUCUAGUUUUAAGCCGGUUCAGUGGAAAGUGAUUCAUUCUGUAUUGGAAGAAAGAAGAGAUAAUGUUGUUGUCAUGGCAACUGGGUAUGGAAAGAGUUUGUGCUUCCAGUAUCCACCUGUUUAUGUAGGCGGGAUUGGCCUUGUCAUCUCUCCCCUUAUUUCUUUGAUGGAAGACCAGGUGCUCCAGCUUGAAAUGUCCAACAUUCCAGCUUGCUUUCUUGGAUCAGCACAGUCAAAAAAUGUUCUAGACGAUAUUAAAUUAGGCAAAUACCGGAUUGUGUACAUAACUCCAGAAUUCUGUUCAAGUAACUUGGACCUACUCCAGCAACUGCAGGCUAAUAUUGGGAUCACACUUAUUGCUGUGGAUGAGGCUCACUGUAUUUCUGAGUGGGGACAUGAUUUUAGAAGUUCAUUCAGAACUUUGGGCUCCAUAAAGGAAGUACUCCCAUCGGUUCCAAUUGUUGCACUGACUGCUACUGCAAGUUCUUCAAUCCGAGAAGACAUUGUACGUUGCUUAAAACUGACGGAUCCUCACGUUACCUGUACUGGUUUUGAUCGACCAAACUUGUAUUUAGAAGUUGGACGAAAAACAGGAAACAUCCUCCAGGAUCUGAAGCAAUUUCUUGUCCAGAAGACAAGUUCUGCUUGGGAAUUUGAAGGUCCAGCUAUCAUCUACUGUCCUUCUAGAAGAAUGACAGAACGAGUUACAGCUGAACUUAAGAAACUGAAGUUAGCCUGUGGAACAUACCAUGCAGGACUGAGUAUUAACUUAAGGAGACAAGUUCAUCAUAGGUUCAUGAGAGAUGAAAUUCAGUGUGUAAUAGCUACCAUAGCUUUUGGAAUGGGCAUUAAUAAAGCUGACAUUCGCCAAGUCAUUCAUUACGGUGCUCCUAAGGAAAUGGAAUCAUAUUACCAGGAGAUCGGUAGAGCUGGCCGUGAUGGACUUCAAAGUUCUUGUCAUGUACUUUGGGCUCCAGGAGACCUUAACACAAAUAGGCGCCUCCUUAGUGAAAUAUGCAAUGAAAAGUUUCGAUUAUACAAAUUAAAGAUGAUGGCAAAGAUGGAUAAAUAUCUUAAUUCCAGAAUGUGUAGGCGACAACUCAUCUUGUCUCAUUUUGAAGACAAACAGCUACGAAAGGCCUCCGUGGGAAUUAUGGGAACUGAAAAUUGCUGUGAUAAUUGCAGGUCCAGAUUGGAUCGCUGCUUUUCCAUUGAUGACUCAGAUGAUAUGUCACAGGACUUUGGUCCACAAGCAUUCCAGCUCUUAUCUGCCGUGACCAUCUUAGGCGAAAAGUUUGGAAUUGGGGUUCCAAUUCUAUUUCUCCGAGGAUCUAAUUCCCAGCGUCUUGAAGAUAAAUAUCGCAGUCACAAUUUCUUUGGCACUGGCAAGGAUCACACAGAGAAUUGGUGGAAGGUUUUUUCCCAUCAGCUCAUAACUGAGGGAUUCUUGGUAGAAGUUCCUGGGCAAAGCAAAUUUGUAAAGAUUUGCAUCCUUACAGAAAAGGGUAGAAAUUGGCUUGCUAAAGCCAAAACAGAAUCUCCUCAGAGCCUUAUCCUUCAAGCUAAUGAAGAAUUGUGUCCAAAGGAGCUUUUUCUACCAAGUUCUAAAGCUGUAUCUUCCGGCACUGAGCAACAUUCCUCUAAUCAAGUACCAAUUGAAUUAACUUCAGAGCAGCCCAGCUUGUAUAAGAUGUAUUCUUACAAAGCACGUGAUAAAAUUUCUUCUGGGAGUAACAUUCCUGAAAAAAGCAUCAUGGUGCCAUCACCAGGAAAAUAUUACAAGUCCUCAGAACCUGUUAUUUCAGCCAAAGAGCAGGAGACUCAGACUACAUUAUAUGGCAAAUUGGUGGAAGCUAGGCAGAAACAUGCCAAUAAAAUGAAUGUUCCUCCAGCUAUUCUGGCAACAAAUAAGAUACUGGUGGAUAUGGCCCAAAUGAGACCUACUACAGUUCAAAAUGUGAAAAGGAUCGAUGGUGUUUCUGAAGGCAAAGCCAGAAUGUUGGCCCCUCUGUUGGAAGUCAUCAAACAUUUCUGUCAAAUAAAUAGUCUUCAGACAGACCUCUUUUCAAGUACAAAACCACAAGAAGAACAGAAGAAAAGUCUGGUGGUGAAAAAUAAAGCAAACUCACUUUCACAGUCUGCAGCCAUCACAUAUUCUUUAUUCCAAGAAAAGAAAAUGUGUUUGAAGAGUGUAGCUGAGAACAGGAUUCUGCCUCUCGCAGCAGUUGGCAUGCACUUGUCCCAAGCGGUGCAAGCUGGCUACCCACUCGAUAUGGAGCGAGCAGGUCUGACUCCAGAGAUUCAGAAGAUUAUUGCUGAUGUUAUCCGAAACCCUCCCAUCAACUCAGAUACAAAUAAAAUUAAACUAAUUAGAAUGUAUGUUCCUGAAAACAUUGACACCUACCUUAUCUACAUGGCAACUGAGAUCCUGGAAAAAGGCUGCGAAAACAGGAUGCUAUGCCAGUCUUCAUGUGAUUCCAGCAAAAAGAGAUGUUUCCCCAACUCUGAAGAGAGCUGUUCAAAUUCUAAGAGAAAGAAGGAAGAAGUGGGCACUAAUACCAAGGUUGAUGGAAAACAUUCUUGUGAUUCUUCACAGGAAGAUGAGAGUCACAGAAAUUCACUAAAACUAACUUCCUGGAAUCAGCCAUUCAGCGAUCCCAAAAUUGAAGAUUUCUUUGUAGAUUCUCACUUACAGACUUCGUCUGAAACCUCAAAGAGAAAAUUACCUGAGUGGUUUGCCAAAAGAAAUGAGACCUUACCUGAUGCCAGCAAGAAAUCAACGGCCAAAACUAAAAAGAAGGGUCUUUUUAGUUAAACUGGCAACUGCCAGAGGAAUUAUGUGUGUCUUGCUGUGUUAUAACAGGGAAGCUGUAUUUCAUUUCUGAAAACAGUGGGGAGUAAUAUUUUUGUUUAAAAAUUAUUCUAAUCUCAAAGUAAAACUCAUCUAUUUAUUGAACAGCUGGUGUCUUAAAACAGCCUUUUGCAAUUCACAUAAAGUUGAGUCUUCUGAGAGCCUGAGUGAGUACCUCAUAGAACAGAAUCUUAGUUUCCUACGAGAUUGCUUUAAGAAAUCAUGUUACUGCCCUGUUUUCUAAUCUCUUUACUUACUUCAGCAGUAUGUUUGGAAUAUGUAAUGUGCGGUGAUUUAAUAUAGAUAACAGAUUAUCAGUUGUAAGUGAUCAUGUGUGUGAUAUGUAAUAUUCCUGUAUUACCAAAAUUCUGUCUUAUAAAUGAAGAACGCAUAGUUAUUUUACAAAUUGUUUUUUCUAUUGUUAGAAGAAACUCUUAUACACAUUUUAAAAUGAUAUUAGUGGACCAGACCAGUGAAAAUGAAACAUUUCGGGUUCUGUGUAGAGGAAAGAAUAAAACAAAGGAGACCAAUUACGCUAGACAACUAUGCACUUUGUAUGUUAUAUACGAUUUCUAUUAUUUUUCAAAUAAUAAUAAAAAGUCCUUAGUACUGAA